AAUUAUCAAUAUUAUAGUCAUUAAGUAGUUGUAGUAUUAUUUGUAGUUAUAGUAGAAGAUGUCUCGGAGAUCCAGAAGCUCGGGGGUAAGAGGCCCCAACUCGGCAUUAACUGAGUUCUUAAGAAACGCAGGGAUUACCGACGCGUAUCGUCAGAGAAGAGAAAGAGAAGCUAAUGGAGAAAUAGUAUCGGAAGACACUAGUGUUGAACCAGAAGGUGUAAAUGUGAAUAUAGAAGAGGCCGAGGAAGAAGUAGUUGCAGUCGAAGUUGUGACUAGAAGGUCAAGAUCAAGACGCGGAGUUAUGGCUAUACCCGAACAAGAAGAAGAAGAAGAGGAUGAUGAAGAGAUAAGACAAAUUAAGCUUGCUGCACGAAGAAAACGUAAUGCUAGACGGGGUAAAAAUGAUAAUGAUAAUGCAGAUGAAGACGAAGAUGAGUAUGAUCCUGAAUUCAGUGAUUUUGAUGAUGAAAUAGGAACUAAUGGAACUAAGAAAUUCGGAGAAGAAGAUACAUGUGUUGAUUGUGGUAAAGAAUUUCAUUUAACGGUAUAUUCACGAUAUCUCCGAGAUAAGAAAGGAUAUUUAUGUGAAAAUUGUAAUGAACAAUUAAAGGAUCGAGAACGGAAAGCUCGAAAGAAUCAAUUAAAUGCUCGUAAAAAGAGAAGAACUCUUGCACAAGCAUUAUUAAAUAAAUCAGAAGUUCGAAUUCCUAAACUUCAAGAUAUUUGUAUUAAAAAGAUUUCUGCUAAUAUUGAUGAUGUUGAAGCAUUAGGAGAUAUUGGACAAGUUAAUUUAAAUAAACUUUCUCAAAUUUUAUCCAAGAAUCGUUCACUUAAUGAUUCAACUAUAUCAUUAUUUUUAAAUCCUUCAUUAAAAUCUAUUGAAUUUUGGGAUUGUUCAAAUGUUGAUUCUGAUUCUUUAAUGAAAAUUGCUUCAUAUUGUCCAUAUAUUGAAUCAUUAACAUUAUUUAUGUGUGGACAACUUCAUAAUGAUACUUUAAGUUAUUAUAAUUCUCAUUUAAAGAAUUUAAAAGAAUUAUGUUUAAAUGGUCCAUUCUUAAUUAGUGAAACUGCUUGGCAAGAAUUCUUUGAACAAAGUGGAUCUCGAUUACAGAAAUUCGAAAUUCGAAAUACUCAUAGAUUUAGUAAUGAUUCAUUAAUUAGUUUACUUGAAAAUGCUGGAUCUAAAUUAAUUUCAUUAAAAUUAUCUCGAUUAGAUGGUUUAGAUUCUGCGGCAGUUUAUGAUUUAAUACCUCAUUAUAUUCUGACUUCAACUUUAACUCAUUUAGAAAUAUCUUAUCCUCAUAAUGAACAUCUUAUAACUGAUGAUUUACUUAUUAAUAUAUUGGCUAUUACUGGUGAAUCACUUCAAUCAUUAAAUGUUGAUGGUUGUACUAAUCUUACGGAUAAUUUCUUAAUUGAUGGUAUAUCUAAAUUCUGUCCAAAUUUAACUCAUUUAUCUAUGAAAUUAUUAGAUCAAUUAACUGAUAAGGGGUUUGCUCAAGCAUUUACGGAAUUCUCACAAGUAAAUAAUGGUGGUUUACUUAGUGUGGAUUUAACUAAAUGUAUUGGAUUAGGUGAUGAAUCUGUAUAUGCAUUAUUUAAACAUUCAUCUCAUACACUUAUAGAAUUAAGUUUAAAUUCACUUAAUGAGAUAUCAAAGGACUUUCUUAUUCAAGUGUUUACUAAUGAUUUAAGUGAAUAUAAGAAGUCCAUUAAGCAAAGUGCUCAAGAUGAUGAUCAAGUAGUAUUUUAUAAUCAUAUACGAUUACCAUUAUUAACCACUUGGGAUUGUGGAUUUGUUCGAGCAGUAGAUGAUGAAGUAUUACAAUUGAUAGGAAAGAAUUGUCCUAAAUUAUCCGUACUUGAAGUGUAUGGGAAUAAUCGAUGUACUAGUCGAGCCGUAAUAGCUGAAGGAUUAAUGGUUAUAGGACGACAAAAUGAUCUGAUAUAGACUAUACAUAUUAUACAUACUAUACAUACUAUACAUACUAUACAUACUAUA